CAUACGUAAUACGAGACAGAUACAGUAUUUGAGUAUGUAGCUAGUAGCCACGUUGACUGUACUGCGUGUGACGACGUUUGAGAAAGUUUCGUGUAGGAUUUCUCUUGGAAGCAGGACCUUUAUUAUCUGAGGUUAUGAGUGUUGGCUUCAUAGGGGCGGGUCAGCUGACCCAUGCCCUGGUCAGGGGCUUCACAGCAGCAGGCGUGAUCGCCUCUCACAGAAUCACUGCCAGCUCCCCAGACACCGACCUCCCCACAGUACAAGGACUGAGAAAAUUGGGUGUAAAUUUCACGACCAGCAACAAAGAGACGGUGAACAAGAGUGAUGUCCUCUUCCUGGCAGUGAAGCCUCACAUCAUUCCCUUCGUGCUCGACGAAAUCGGAACAGACAUCGAAGAUCGUCACCUCAUCGUGUCCUGUGCAGCCGGUGUCACCAUCAGCUCCAUCGAGAAGAAGCUUCAACAGUACCGCACUGAUCCAAAAGUGAUGCGCUGCAUGACCAACACUCCAGUUGUGGUUCGGGAGGGAGCCACAGUAUAUGCCACCGGCACACAUGCAGAGGUGGAGGAUGGGAAACUUCUGGAGCAGCUGAUGGCCAGCGUGGGGUACUGCACCGAGGUGGAGGAAGACCUGAUCGAUGCUGUCACUGGACUGAGUGGCAGUGGCCCGGCUUACGCGUUCACAGCUGUAGAUGCUCUCGCUGAUGGAGGGGUGAAGAUGGGUCUGCCCCGACGACUGGCUGUGCGCCUCGGAGCCCAGGCUCUCCUGGGCGCCGCUCGAAUGCUGCUGGACUCGGAGCAGCACCCCGGGCAGCUCAAGGACAAUGUGUGUUCACCGGGGGGAGCCACUAUUCACGCCCUGCACGUCAUGGAGAGCGGCGGCUUCCGAAGCCUCUUGAUCAACGCUGUGGAGGCGUCCUGUGUCAGGACAAGGGAGCUCCAGUUUUUAGCAGACCAGGAGAAGAUCUCUCCCGCCGCUAUAAAGAAGACGACCCUGGACAAAGUGCUGCAGCAGCCCGGGGUCACCCCAGAGGCAGUCGGGGUCCGAUCUGGAGGGAUCAGUCUUUUUAACAGCGGCAAUCCAAGGACCAAGAAGCACUGAACUCUGGUUUAGAGGCAUCUUGAUUUAACGUGGCUUUUACAGGGUGUGACAGAAACAAACGUUAGCCAAAGUUUCUGCUUCCUUUUCACAACUCAGGGUGGAACCUGGAAAGGUGAGGGGGUGCAGUGUUUUCUCAACUGGGGACUGACAUUUUCAGGAAGUUUUUCUGAAGUCUGCGGUAGAUAACCAUUUCCAGUUUCAAGUGCUUUUACUCUGUUUUGGGUGCAAACACUCCAACAUAGAAUGUGAAUCGUAAUUGUGCCUUUGAAAUAUUUCUCUUUCACAAGUUGUAUUUUAAAUAUAAAUG